AUGGUCGGUCCUUUUAUCGGUACACCAAAACCGGACGCGACAACGACCUCAUUCAAUUCCGAAGACUUCGAUGGUCUAAAUCAAUUAGGCAAUGAAGCUUCCUUCGUUGCGCCUCAGAAAAACGAUAUCCUAUCAAGAGGAGGACGUCAAUAUGAUCUCGCAACGCCGCGAGGUGGACGUGGUCCUCUCCAGCUUCUACCUAAUGGUGCUCAAGCAAGACCAGGCAGAGCAGAGUUCACACCAUUGAUGAAGAGCGCUGCCAAGAACAACAUGUCCAAGAAGUUAUCCAUGUCCGCGCGAAGAAAGGCCACGAUUCCAGACACUCCGGGCAUGGCUCUGCCACGUCUUGAAGAGUCUAUGGUCUCUAACAGCUCGGCUACACGUAACGAUUAUACACCCAUGCUUCAACAGGUUAGCAGCAGUGUAGCUAGUACGCCACUGGCACAGCUACCUGCAAGAGAUGGUGCUGUCGUUAAUGACGGUAACGUAAUGACCUUGAGAGAACAGGAAGGCAUUAUUGACAAGAUUGAGAAGGAGAAUUUUGGCUUGAAAAUGAAGAUUCACUUUCUGGAGGAAAAUUUGUCCAAACGUGGCGGCGACUUCAAUCAAGCUGCCCUGAAAGAGAACACUGAUCUGAAAGUGAAUCGAAUCACUAUGCAACGCGAGCUACACAAAUUCAAAAAGACUUUGGUUCAGGCCGAACGCGAUACCGAGCUUUAUCGACGGCAGCUAGAAGAAUACAAGGAAAGAGUGCGUCAGAAGAAGAUUGAUGAGACUACUCGUGUCGAGCUCGCAGCUCUCAAGUCUGAGCUGCAGCAGAAAGAUCAAGAGCUAGAAGCGACACGUACCAAGUACGACAAGGUCAAAGCAGCGAACGACUCGGAAGUCGACAAACUGCGAGAUGAGCUUGCGGAUCUCCAAGCAGAUCUGCGAGAAAGGGACCGUCAGCUAGAAGAACGUGAAGAAGAGAUAGAUAAUCUGAAGUCUGAUGCCAACAAAGGCUCAAACGAUGUCGCUGAUCUGGAGGAUGAACUGAAUUCGGCUAAACAGGAAAUCGCCGAGUUGAGAGACGAGUUAGAGAAAGCUGAUGCGGACAAGAAGAUUGCUAAGGAGAACAAGAAAACUGCUGAAGAUGAGAAAACCCGUGCAGAAGACGAGUUACACGAGCUACAGGAAGAGAUGGCCAACAAGUCAAUCGUUCCUCAGGGCCUAAGCAAGCAGCUAGAAGAGAGAGCCGCCAAGUUCGAGGACGAUUACCAUACACUGCAGGAUAAGUUCCAAGAGCUGCAGCAAUCGCUCGAGGAGAAGUCGCAAGUCGAACGAAAACUGCAAGAGCAACUCAGAAAUGCUGGAAAGGCAGGCUCGUCCGAGCUGCGUCACUUGCAACACGAGCUUGAGGCUUCUCAGCAAAAGAUCGAAACCUCGGAUCGAAAGUACAAUAACAUGGCACAACAACUUGACGCUACAAAUAGAGAGCUCGCGGUCAAAACAGACGAGAAAGAUCUCCUCCAGACACGACAUGAUGCUUUGACCGUUGAAUCGGCACAACUCCAGACCGACCUCGCCCAAGCACGAAAGACCAUCGCGAGUCUUGAAAAGCUAGUGGAGCAGGAGAGCCAACGUACAGUGCAAACUGAGAAUCAGCUUCGUCUCCAGCAUCGAACCGAGCUAGAUCACCUUACUGAACAGAUCGACACACUUCAUCGUGAAGCAAGUCAAAGAGAUGAACAGCAUGCCGCAGAGGUUGAGCAUUGGACAGCAGAAAGACGUACACUUGAAGCUGGCAAAGUCAAGGCUGAAGAAAAAGCCAAUGGGCUGCAACGAACAGUAGACAAGCUCAAUGAUGCACAAGGUACAUUGUCAAGUCGCGAGUUCAAACUACAGGAGGCUCUAGAAAGUGAGAAGCAAAGACAUCUGCAGGAAGAGAAGGUGCUCGACAAUCAGAUCGAAGAGCUGAAUCAAGACCUUACCAACAAACGUGCUGCGGCAGAGGACAAUCGCUCGGAACUUAACAAUGCCCGAGAAGAGCUCAGAAUCUCACUACGUGAGCAGGCACUGCUGAAACAGAAGACUGUGGAACUCGAGGAUGAGAUCGAAGUUUUGCAGGCUGAUAUCGAGCAGGAACAUCAGCUCGUUGGACAGCUACAGCAGAAUUCGUUCGCCACCACUGAUAUCCAAAUGACCAAGCUCAAGAAAGAGAAGGCUGAUUUACAAGACUCGUUAGCUAGCCUAAGAUCCGAGCUUGAUGCUGCGAAGCGAGCCACACAAGAAGCUGAAGCUGCAAGAGACGAUAUGGAAGCACGACUUGAACAGACUCAGAAGCCACACGAGGACACCUUCGACAUGCAGCAAGAGAAACGUGAAUUGCGCCGCGAGAGGCAGCGACUGGAGAAAGAGCUCGAAAAGGUUCGGCUCGAAAGAGAUACCUUGUCACAGAGCAACAAAGAGCUAGAAGAAGAGAUUGAGGUCGAAAUUGAUCGAGCCACAGCGCAAGAGCACAGGUUGAACAUUGAGCUCGACGACCUCCGUACCAAACAGCUGAAGUCUACUGACAGCAGGGACAAAGAGCUUUUGUCUUCCAAGAACAAGAUAACUCGGCUCGAGGCACACGUGCGCGAUCUGGAAGAUGUGCUCGAGAACCAGUCACGCAAAGUCUCUUCUCCUAGUGUGGAUGUUUCUGGACUUCGCCACGACCUCGAAGCAGCACGCAAGAAUGAAACCGUUGCCGCCAAGAAGGAAAGUGACCUCAAAUCCUCCAACCGAGACCUCAAGACGAAAGUGAACGACCUGGAAAGACAAUUGCACGAUGCGCGCUUAUCAGAACUUAAAGCACGCUCGCCAGCUUCGUCUGUAUCGUCAGGCGGUGCUCGCGAGGUCAAUCAGCUUCGCCAGGAGGUAUUCGAUGCACGUGCCGAGCUCAAGACUCUACGAGAUGAUAACCAACAGCUUCGACGAACCGCCAAGAAAUUGUCGCAAGACGAUACACAACAUGCCGUCCUUCAAGCUCAGCUCGACUCCAAAGCCGAUGAGGUAGACGAUCUAGCAGCCAGGCUCAACUCUCAAGACAAGCUAGUAGAAACACUUCGCCAAGACAUUACGCGCAUUCGAAUGGAUCGUGAUGAAGCUCGCAGAGCUGCGCGGAACGCUGUACAUCGUGAGGAUAGUGUGGACCUGCGAAAUGAGUUGAAACGUCUUCGUAGUGAGCGAGAUGAAGCUCGGAAUGUUACUCUACAGAUCGCUAGUCGAGGCAAGGAGGCCAUCGUGAUGAAAAAAGAACUUCUUCGCCUUAAGGAGGAACGAGGUCAAGCUAAUCAGCGCGCUGAAACAGUGGAGAAAGAGCUUGAGGUAGUACAGUCACGCUACGAGAGUAUGCUCGAGAAAAUGACUGCUGGACCAGCCAGGGAUGAAUCUGUCCGCGAGAAAGAGGUCCGAGGCCUCAUGAAAGAGAUACUGUGGCUAAAGGCCAAAUGCAGACGAGAAGAGCGUUUGCGCAAAGACCUGGCCUGGAGCAAAAUUUACUUUGAGAACGGAGAGGCGAUGCGUGUACAGUGCAACCAGAUCGACCUACGCAUCUUGAGAGAGAUGGGCAUCAACAUCGAUCGCAAGAAAUAUGAGAAGUCAUUGUUACCUGCACAAAAAUUCCGAGCAGCCGUCUUCUGUGUCAUUGCAGCAUCACGAAUGACCAAGUUAGGAGAGCAACGGAAGACUGCAAGACGUAUCGGCGACGAGCUCGCCAGGACUAAAGCCAUCAAGCCGACCUCAAGGGAGAUAUGA